GCUCCUUGCUGCCCGGCUCCUCUCCUCCUCCUCCUCCUCCUCCUCCUCGCGCCGGGCGGGUGGGCGCACAGCUGGGGCUUUUGCACCGGCUUCAACACACACCUCGAGACCGGGGGGCUUGGGGCAGGGCGCUCCUCAUCUUCUUCUUCUUCUAAAAAUACCUUCACUGUUUUUGGCUGGGGGAGAGAAUUGGCUGGUUUUUCAAACCAACUUUUUUGGGGGGGGGAAUUGCCUUCUUUUCCUUUUUAAUCAACUUUUUUUGGGGGGGGGGAAAUUGCCUUGAUUUCCUUUCUAAUCCACUUUUUUUAGGGGGGAAAUUGCCUUAUUUUCCUUUUUAAUCAACUUUUUUAGGGGGGGGAAUUGCCUUAUUUUCCUUUUUAAUCAACUUUUUUGGGGGGAAAUUGGCUGAUUUUCCUUUUUAACUCAACUUUUUGGGGGGGAAAUUGGCUGAUUUUCCUUUUUUUUAAAAAAAAUUCAACUUUUGGGGGAGAAUUGACUUAUUUUCUCUUUAAAAAAAAACCAGUCUUAACUUUUAGGGAGGGGGCAAAUUUGCAGAUCUCCUUUUUCCUUCUAAAACUGUCUUGACUUUUUUUUGGGGGGGGCACUGAUUUUUCUUUUUUUUUUUUUAAAGAAAAUCCUAACUUUUGGGGGGCAUUGGCUAGUUUUCUUUUUUCUUUGGACAUUUUCUCAACUUUUUGAGGGGGACGAUUUGAUUGAGUUUCCUUUAAAAAAAUUAACUUUUUUUGGGGGGGGAGGGUUAAAUUAAUUUCUUUAAACCCCUUUUUUGGAAGGGAUUGGCUGGGUUUCUUUUUCCUUUGUAAAUUGUCUUUACAUUUUUUUGGGGGGGGGGUGAUUUUUUUUUUUCCUCCACUUUUUUGGGGAGGGGGAUUGGCUGCUUUCCCUUCUCCUUUCCCGUUUCUCCACCCUUGUUCCGGGGGAGGGGGCUGUGCCCUCUGCAAAGUUUCUUCCCAAGCUGGCAGAGAGAGAAGGGGGGCUCUCCUUUGGCCCCCCCCGGGUGGCAGGCGGAGAGCCUCCGCGUCUCCCCGCGUUGGAAGCGCUCCCUCGCUCUAUGCAGCGCUCCGGCGUGUGACCUUCUGCGGGGAUUACUAUUAUUUAUUUGCUCUGUUUUUUUCUGGCUGUGUGUGAGUGUGAGCACGCGUGCGUGCGCGCGUGUGUCCGGCUCGGGCUCCGGGCUGCUUCUCUCCCUCCUCCUGCUGCUUCCCAAGAUGCUGUUUGCAAGCUUUGACCUGGUGUCUGCGCUGGCCACGCUCGCCGGGUGCCUGGUGUCCGUCACUCUGCUGCUGGCCGUGUCCCAGCAGCUGUGGCAGCUGCGCUGGGCAGCGACCCGGGACAAAAGCUGCAAGUUGCCCAUUCCUAAAGGGUCUAUGGGAUUCCCUUUAAUUGGCGAGACUUUCCACUGGUUCCUGCAGGGCUCCUGCUUCCAGUCCUCGCGGAGGGAGAAGUAUGGCAACGUCUUUAAGACGCACUUGCUGGGCCGGCCCCUGAUCCGGGUCACCGGGGCGGAGAACGUGCGCAAGAUCCUGAUGGGCGAGCACCACCUGGUCAGCACGGAGUGGCCCCGCAGCACCCGCAUGUUGCUGGGGCCCAACACCGUGGCCAACUCCAUCGGGGACAUCCACCGGCACAAGAGGAAGGUGUUCUCCAAAAUCUUCAGUCACGAGGCGCUGGAGAGCUACCUCCCCAAGAUCCAGCUGGUGAUCCAGGACACGCUCCGGGUGUGGAGCAGCACCCCCGAACCCAUCAACGUCUACCACGAGACACAGAAGCUCACCUUCCGCAUGGCCAUCCGGGUCCUGCUGGGCUUCCGCAUCCCCGACGAGGAGCUCAGCCAGCUCUUCGAGGUCUACCAGCAGUUCGUGGAGAACGUCUUCUCCCUGCCCCUGGACUUGCCUUUCAGUGGCUACAGGAGGGGGAUCCGAGCACGUGAGACCUUGCAGAAGGGGCUGGAGAAAGCCAUUCGGGAGAAACUGCAGAACACGCAGGGCAAAGACUAUGCCGAUGCGCUGGAUAUCCUGAUAGAAAGUGGCAAGGAGCAUGGCAAAGAGCUGACCAUGCAGGAGCUGAAGGACGGCACUUUGGAGCUGAUCUUUGCUGCCUACGCGACCACGGCCAGUGCCAGCACCUCUCUGAUCAUGCAGCUCCUCAAACACCCCCGGGUCCUGGAGAAGCUGCGCGAGGAGUUGAGGACCAAGGGCAUCCUCCACAACGGCUGCAUCUGCGAGGGAUCCCUCCGGCUCGACAACAUCACCAGCCUGCAGUAUCUGGACUGCGUGAUCAAGGAGGUGCUGCGUCUCUUCACUCCCAUCUCUGGAGGGUACAGGACAGUCCUGCAAACCUUCGAGCUGGAUGGCUUUCAGAUCCCCAAAGGCUGGAGUGUCAUGUACAGCAUCCGGGACACCCAUGACACCGCCCCGGUAUUCAAGGAUGUGGACGUUUUUGACCCGGACCGUUUUGGGCAGGGUCGCACCGAAGACAAAGAUGGCAGGUUCCAUUACCUCCCCUUUGGUGGGGGCGUACGGACCUGUCUUGGCAAGCAUCUGGCCAAGCUUUUCCUCAAGGCGCUAGCCAUUGAGCUGGCCAGCACAAGCCGGUUCGAGUUGGUCACCAGGACUUUCCCUAGACUCAUGCUGGUGCCUGUGGUCCACCCGGUCGAUGGACUCAAGGUGAAAUUUUUCGGACUGGAUUCCAACCAGAACGAGAUUUUGACGGAGACAGAAGCCAUGUUGGGGGCAACGGUGUAAACCAACUCCUGCUCACACCUGCCCUCCGCUGGGGGGAGAGCAGAUGGGGGCCAGGGGCGGGGGUGGGCAGGGGGAAGGACGCCAGAAGACCACACCAAGAAGAUGCUUCUCCACAACGCUAACUUUGCCGAACCUCCAGGUCGAGGCUUUCCCCGACAACGAAGCUGCCAAAAUAAUAGUUUAUUUCCGUGGGGGAAGUCCAAGGAGAUUGAGGGGGGUGUGUGCAUUGCUGAUGAUGCUUUUGUUUAAACGAAGAAUUCCAAGUCUGACCAUACACAGUAUAUGAAUAUUUUAAAUCUUUAUCUAUUUCUGCUGCAAGGGAGAGCUUGGAGGAUGCCUUUGGUGGGAAAGGCUUUGGAAAUCACCUGGUAGCCCAAGGUCUGUCUGCUCCACGGGCCAGGAGGCAGGGGCAAGAACUGGUGAUGGCAGGCUGUGACUUCCGGUGGCCUUUGAUCUUUUUGAACAGUGUUAAAUUAGUUGGUGAAAACAGUGUUGUUUUUCCUCUGCUUUCUUACGGGGCGAAUGAGGAACCCAUCUCUUCCCUAUCUCCAACCCCCUGACCCCUCCAAGCUGCAUCCAACUCCGAUUUAUCUCCCGGUGGUUUGGAAUUUGGUGUCCAGGUGGAAGCAGCCCCGUUCCCACCAUGCCCGGGGUUGUCUUGGUGGGGAAUGGCAUGCAAAGUCCCCCCCAUGGCCAACAUGGCUUUGGCAUGACUGUGGCACUGCUGCAGUGUGCUCUAGGCUGCUCAGGCCGGCAGGCUGGGCUGGACCGGGUGCUUGAUUCAGCCCAUGCUUCGUGAAGAAGGAAGCCUGGUGGGGCAAAUUUCCAGGCCAAGCAUUGCUCUCUGAUCUGGGUCGUGGCCUCUCAUCAGCCUCGAUGAGAGCUGCCCUCACGUCAGAGAGCAGACUGGGGUCCUCGACACGUCCUUGAAGCUGGCUUCUGCUGCUACGUGGCCUGUGUGUAUCUGCUCCUUUCCUCUUCUCCUCUCUUUUUUUUUUUUGUUGUCAAAACCCAGGCAACUGCUUUUUUCCAGCGAGUCAUGUGGUGUUGCUUUCUCUCCGUAUCUCUCAGGCCCUCUGGCGUGUGCACUGAUCUCUGAACCGCGUGUAUUUUGCAAACUCUGCUGGGGUUCUGCCAAGGCAGGUGACGCUGCAGUGUGGCCAGUUGCCUUAUGUGCUUGGGACAGCUACACAAUUAAGCCUUCUCCCCCAAAAAACCCUUUAGCUCCACUCUGAGUUCCCCUGCGUUUAUCCCUUACCCUUCACCCACUUCUAUUAAAGGCAUUCAUUUAAAAAAACAACAACAAAAGGAUUUAUGGGUUGUCUUCAGUUUUUUUUGAGGUGGGAAGGUCUUGGAGGGUGGAAGAUGAGUCUUAAGGUGCCUUCUGAGUUCACCCUUCCAUCCUCAGCAUCUUGCCUAGGUGAGCAUUUGACCCCAGAGAGUGAGAUGCUGGCCUCGUACAGAUGUUCAGUGUCUCCCCGGAGAGUUGCUGCACUCUCAGGAGAAACCCAUGCAUGCACAGAUGUUCAGGCUUUUUCUCUCAGAGUAAAAAUGGCUGCUCCAGGAGAAAAAUAACCAGGGUUAAAUCACUCCCAGGAGAGUUUCUCCUGAGAGAGUGAAUGUCUGUCCAUGCCAACCAUCAGUGCAGCCCUCAUUGGGAAUUUGGUAGGUCACAGGUUGCCAAGGGCAAGCUUGGAAUGGCUGUGCUCCUCUGGGGUCCAUGCUGCAGGGUUCGGGUUCAAAUGUCAAUGAAGCUCCGGGGUGUGUUUUGUUAAUGGUGCACCUUUGCUGUGAAAAACAGAGGGUCUGCUUGUCUUCAGACGUGCUGAGCAUGCACGGUUUGCUGCUUGGACUAGCAGGGUGCGGGCGCAUCGUUUCAGAGAGCCCUACACUCAACCAGAAUGGCUGCAUCUUCUUUUGCUUUCCUGGUGGCUAAUAGCUGGGAGCUGGACUAACCCCCUGCACUGCCACUACUUCUGGGCAGCAGCAAUCAAUGACUGGUGAAAUCAGGGAAAUCUCUUUCAGCGGUGUCCAAGACAUCUUUGUUCAUCUGUGCUCCAAGACCUGAGUGUAAACAGACUUUCUGUGGCUGCAACCAUCUCCAUUCUGUCCUCUGUUUCAACAGAGGCCCCUCAUGCAGUGUGACAGGCAGAGAAAGGCAAACACGCAACCAGAACCGAGGCCUUUCUCAAUGUUGGUGGCAAUAGAUGCAACGUGUGAGUAAGGCCACUUGUUUUUUCCUUUAUUUUGAGGUCAGGAUAAGUCAGAGGAAGUUCAAUCAGAAGGAAUGAAAUUCCCACCGGGUUUUCCAGGGGUUGCAGGCUCCAUUCUUGACUCAUUGGACUUCCAAGGAAGUGUUGAUUGAAAGAUGUCAGUGGCAGCACUAGCCAGCCUUUCAUCCGUCCAGGACUUUGGCAGCCCCUUGGAAGGGGAAGCCCUAAAUAUAUUAAGUCCAGCAGCCAGAACUCCUCUAGCCGUGUGUAGAUAGACAGACACCCCGCUCUGCUUCCCGAGUCCAUGGGAGAGUCCGUUGUCUCUGAGGCUUGCUGUUAUAUUGUCUCUCUGUGGUCCAUUUUGCAGAAGGGUUUUAUUUCACAUGAAUCAGGGUUCUGGAUCUGGGGGAGGAAAUUCUAGUCCAGUUCUGGGUCUCGCAGCUGAUCCAUAAUCUCUAUGACAGCAUGAACCAAGACCCGGUGUGAAAUCCCACCAAGCUAGAAUUUGUAUCCCUCAGGCCUAUGUCUCGCAAGCAAAAUCUGCAAUCCGGAUUUGGGUCUUUGGUGGUCCGAGACCUUUCACGGGAACAUCCCAGAUCCAGGCUCGUGAACACACUGCUUGCAUUUUUGAUGGAAAUGCGACUUCUCUGGGAUAAAUUUGGCUUAUAGGAACCUGGGCAGGAUGAAUCUGGGGAGUACAAAUGAUUGGGUAGGGAAGGGGAUGACGCUGAUUUGAGCAUUGCAGAGCCUUCAGAAAGAGUUGUUCUUAGGUUGGGCAAACACGUGUCUCAUUGUACACGUCUCCAAAGUGUUUCCCGGUGAGCUACAAAAAUAAACACUGAAAAUUACAGGGUUUGGGGUGGAAAAUUGUCCAAAGGCAUCAGUCUACAGGACAAAAAAAAGAAGAAAGAAAGAAAAAAAAAAAUCUAGAGAACCACUGUCUUGAUAUAUAAUCCUAAAGGGUUGGAUCAUUUGAUUUUUCCGGCCUCGUUAACUUCCGUUUUCCAAUUCUCUCCAGAAAAAAAAACCAGUUGAACCCACAAUCUUUUCAAUCGUAAAACAUUGUUUGGUGGAGAACAGGACAAAGAAAAGUAGUAGUGGUGGAGAACAUGGGUAACGGGAAGGAUGGGGAGCUUAUUGAAUUGUUCCAAUGGUUUUGGUAUCUUUGGAUCAAGCCCUAUCAACAAAAAAAUCAGCAAAAUUUGUCGGAGAUCCAUUUAGAAGGGCAUUGCCCUUAAUUGGUUUGGUAAGAACUCAGCGAAGGGUUUUGUUUUAAUUUUUGUUUUUUAAAUUUCAUGACAAAAGAAAACCAAACAGGCUUUUGAAUGAUUGACUGAUGGAGAGAGAGAAUGUAAGAUGCAUACAUCUAUUAUAUGUGUGUGUGUGCGGGUAUACACAUAAGUGUGUGUAUUUUAUCUAGACAUAAAUAGGUCAUGCUUUUGAUUUACCAUUCCUAACUAAUAUAACUUGACUAAAAAAAAAGUUGCUGCAGUGGGUUUGCAGAAUAAAGCACUUUGAAUCUCAGAAUUUUGUUUUUCCUAGCACAGUCCAAUUUGCUAUAAUAUUAUUUUAUACACAAAGUUUUUUUGUUUUUUUUUGGUCUGUCUUUAUAAACUAUUAUAAGUACUAUUUUUGUUAUAAUUCAAAAUAGAUAUUUAGUAUAAAGUUUUGCUGUUAAAUAUUUGUUAUUUAGUAAAAUAUGAAUUUUUUUCUCUAUUGUAAACAUUGUCUGGAAAAAUAUUAAUAUGUUUUUAUCACAGUCAUUCUUAAUAUUAAAAAAAAAAGAAAAAAGCACUUGUGGGGUUUUUUUGGUUAUGAAAGUGGU